AUGCCCGCCCCCACUCAGUAUGAGGUGCUGCUGGACUUCACCAAUGACACACAUGAUUGCGCUUCCGUCCAGUUAUUACGGAAUUACGGUCGGAAUCCCGACGCAAUCGUCCUCUUGCACCCGGGGGAGAGUGUUACGCUUGUUCUGGAUGCAGGUACCAUAUACAAAUACGCAUUGAAGACGCGUUCCAAAGUCGCGAAUGUUACAGCGCGGACAUGGCGGGACGUGAACUGUCCGGUUUCGCAGCUUUUCCCGAGUGGAUCGCCCUCCACGUCGUCACCACCGUCUGACUCUCGGAGACCUGUGCAAGGCAUUACGGUGGAUCGUCUUUGGCGAGAUAUGCGGUUUUGCAUGUGGAACGAUUCAUAG